AUGCACCGUCUUGCUUCUUUCUUCUUUUUCCUCCCCGCAGGUCACAUCCCAUCAUCACUGGGGGUAAUCCUCCGAACCACCGACAAGAUUGUGUGGGCAAAUGAGUUUGAGCCCAUCGAACUGACCUGUUUAAUAGAGUCCAUCUCCACAAACAACCCGAGGAUUGAAUGGAAAAAGAUUAAGAACGGUGUCCCCAGUUAUGUGUACUUUCUAAACAGGAUAGCAGGGGACUUGGAGGACAGAGCUCAGCUCAGAGAGCCGGCCAACAUCAUGAUCUUUAACGCCACUCGGUCAGACACGGCAGAGUACCGCUGCGAGGUGGCCGCCAUCGACGAUCAAAGGGACUUUGAUGAGAUACUCAUUAGUCUUGCAGUAAGAGUGAAACCUGUGGUCCCACGGUGCAGCGUGCCGGAGGCGGUCACAGUUGGAACAUCAACCGAGCUGCGAUGUCUGGAGAACGAGGGCUUCCCUGCUUCUCAGUACCGCUGGUUCCACAACAGCGAGGAGCUUCCUCAGGACCCCAAGAACAGCCCGAAGUUGGUCAACUCUUCAUAUAGCAUCAACCCUGACACUGGAGGCCUGAAAUUUCGAAGAGUGAGGAAGGAGGACGCAGGGGAGUACUACUGCCAGGCAAAGAAUGAUGCCGGACAUGCACAGUGUCCUUCACAAAUGAUGGAAGUCUAUAACGUCGACAUCCUCGGGAUUUUCCUCAAGUCCUUUGGUGCAGUGACUGUUUUCUUCUGUUUGGCUGCUUUGAUUUGUCAUUCCCUUAAACGUGGAUGCUUCUACAAAAAAGGCCACAUUGAAAAUAACUACAAUUGGCCAGCACAGAAUGAUGGUGUUGAAUAUGCCGAUGCAGAUGAGGGCCAUUUUCGCCACAAGUCCUCAUUCAUCAUUUGACAGCGGAGACGGAGGAUGAGAUGAAACCCAAGACAAGAGCAAAGAACUGUUGAGGUUAAACUGCUACAAUGAUUCUCCAGAUGGUAAAGUUUGAGGUGUAACAUGGCACAUUAUUCUCUGAUGCACAUCAAAGUCAAAUCAACAAACUUGCCAAAGUAAUUUUGAUAUAAUUUUGUGGCACUGUUUCAUGUUUUUUCUUUCAAUAUAAAUCUUCUUCUCUGUUAGUAUUCAUUUCCGGUUGAAACAUUUGUUACUCCAUAUUUAGUUUAUUUUAACUCAUUUGCCACAAUGUUUUAGUGGGAUUUGAUAUUUCGCCCACGGUGUCAUGGCAGAAGAUGCUGCAAGCGACAUUCCUUCAACGUCUUUUGGACAAAUCUUCUUUUAUAUCUCUUAAAACUUUUUACUGAGUAAACUGAAAUUGUUUGACAAAACUCAUUUACGUUAUAUUUGUUCAUAAGAUAAACAUGUUCUUAUUUUGUUUCACGUGGGGAUAAUUUGCAACAGUUUUUUGUACAUACUGUAGUUAUACAGGCAAUAAGCAGCAGACUGUAAAAGACUGAUGAGCUCAGAUUCAUAAGGCACAAGUUACCCGCCUUUCUUAUAUUCACAGAUAAUAACAAGUCUAUACGAGUACAGAGUAACUUGUGAGUUUGAACAACAUAUAUCCCACUAUGCUGCAAAGUCAAUAUGUACUAUAAAGGUGGUGAAGUAUGAUUUUUAGAGUGCUGUUUCUGUGUAUAAGUGACCUUCUAUGCUUUACUAAUUAUUUUGUGAGUAUUGGACAUAUUGUCCAGUUUUGACUCAGUAUUUGAUGUACAUAAAUACAUACAUCUUUGAUCUUUUAAUUUGCAUAUAUUGCACUCCAUACCUUAUUGUAAAUACUGCAAUAAAACUUAUAAAUUUACAGUAUUUACUGUUCAGUGUGUAUCUGCAGUGUUGAGCCUGUCAUUUCAAACAUUAGUGUCAAUGAUUUGUGUAACAACUCAGGAACUGUUGUAAAAUGUCCACUGUUCAUUUGAUAUUAAUGCUAUAUGUUCAUGUUAUUUUGUUACUAUUAAAUACGUUUGAACUGUAAA